GACGUCUCAGGCUGAACGCGGAAGUUCGAGUCACCGUGGAGAAGGUAAACUAACCACAGAAACUUCCGUCCUUCCCGCCAUGUAAUGGAACCGAGCAGGCCACCGAUCUGUCGGUACCGAUACCCGGUACUUCGAGGAUUGGAGCGGUACCGCGAGCAGGACCGACAAGCUGGUACUGACUCCGAGUUGCCUCGUCCGUCCCCGAGCUGUCUGCACUUUCUGACACGCUUCUCUAAUUCCACCACCUGGAACUGCUCUGGAACUGGAUCGGAGCCGAAACACGUCAGGACUGUGCCCCGGUAUCUUUUUAAUGGCUCCUUUUGGACAACCUGAGGAUGGAGGACUAAGGCUGCGCCCACUGGGCAGGUAGUCCCACUGACCCCGUCCCUCCGUCGCCAUGUUGGCGCUCUGCUCCCUGCGAAUGCUUUUAUUGACGCUGGGAGUUGUUGUGGUCCUCUUUAGCGACCGGCCACGCCUUCUCAAGGACACGUGCACUGUGCGUGUGGAGCGAUGCAGAAGUGAAAGAUGGCUUUUGGUGUGAGGCAGUGACCUCAUGCAGUAUGACAUCACCGUUGUGGGUGUGGCCUGAAGAGCUGAACCUGCAGGUGUGUUAAUCUUGGCGGAAAGCGCCGGAAUUGCUGUCUACCACACCUCCACCGACCCCCUCCCCACCCACCGUCUACCGGUAAGCUGCACUGCCAUCUGUCAGCGCUGCAUCUCAUUGGCUGGGGCGACAGGCUCCGGCGUGACGUGAUUGGCUGGCACGCCGCCCAGAAGAAAGAGGCGGAGUCAAGCUGAUUGAUAAAGGGGGAAGAGGAGGAGGAGCUGAGGCGCGAUGAGUUGACGGCUCGCACACAACAAGUGUUCAGCGUGAGCGAGAGAGGAAGAGGGGGUUACCACGGCAACUCAGAGGACACCACAGCAGAGGACAAACAGAUUGAAGAAAUGACUGCACAACAGCCGUGGUGCACCAGUCGCACCUCAGCAAAGGAACAUCAUCAAAGGUCCUGACAAAUAAAGAGCUGGGUUGGACAUUUGGUUGGCAAAGGGGCCAAAAUGUCCCAGGCAGGCAAAGUCCUCCACCUAUAUGUUGAGGUGAGGUCUGUGGCCGAGGAUGGUGGAAGAAUUCCUGGAAUUGGAAAUGAUGGAAACCUGAACAUUCAGUGCCCAGAUGUUCUCCCCCACUCUCAGAGGAGCUCCGUCCAGUCCAGCCCCAACUGGAGUCCAGACCCUUCCCCGCUCACCCAGCGCAGAAUGUUGGAUGGACGUUAUGGCUCGCCUCACUCUAACUCGUCUUCAAGGCACUCGGUCAGCUCUCAGGGCCAGCCCCCUGAUGCCAUAGAUUCCUCCGCUCACUUCCACCAGGAAGACAUUUUACCCAACAGUUUUGAAGACUUGCUUCAGGUGCUCACAUGUGCGGCCAGCAGUUCAGGGCAUCAUUGCUCACCAGCACUCACGUCUUCAUCGCAUGUGUAUCCCUACCAGAGACGGGAGGUUACCAACCCUUCUAUCUCUUUCGGGAAGCUGACUGCACCUUCCACACCCACUUGCGGUCAGAGGUCCUGUGAGGUCCUUGAGUCAGAGGGACAAGAAAGCAAGACAUCUGUGGUGACCUUUGGCUAUGUCGAGAAAGCAAAUGUUCAUAUGAUGGGCGACCGUUGUCCUUCUUUUUGCCAAAGUGAGUCCAGCAGUAACCAAAGGGAGCAGCAGUUUGUGCCCGCUCACCUUAGGAAGAGGUUAAGUGAUCCAUUAAGAUUCAGUGGUCACACAGGAAAGGGUGGACUUCGAUCAUCUGCCAAUAAUAGCCCACAGGGCUCACCUUUCCUGCACAGAGAGGUGGUAGCAAGAGAUGCCACCCACAGGGCCUUGGAGGAGUUUGGCUCGCCAGAACUAAGGCGCCGCUUUUCAGGUCGUAGCCAAGAGAACUGCAGCCCGACCCUCCCGCGAAACUAUCUCUCACCUGUCCAGCCACGCUGUACCUUCACCUUACCAUCCAAUUCUCAACUACGAGACCUCGACAGGGGAGUCUGCCAGAACUCCAUGAAUGGAUUUCCAAGAAGCCCGGCAUCUGAUCAGCUGUGUGCCCACACUGGCUUUUCAUCCCACACAGUGGCUCCAACUUCAGUACUUCAUUCUCGCAACCAUCCCCAGAACCUGCAAUCAUCCUGGCUGGGGGACAACAGUCCAGCAACCAGCCCUCCCUGCAGAUUUCACCCUCCAUUACCUGCUGGAAGACCCACAGAUAUCCUGCAUGAAGUGCCAAGGAGCAGACCCAGUCAUGAGACCACAACCGCUAAUAGCGGUAGACGCGCCUCCUCCUUCACGACUGCUUAUGUUUUUUCAGCACGACAAACUACUUCUCCAACACCUUCCCAGACCGAGUCACUGAGGUCAGUUAGUCUGAAUACCGGAGGGUCAGUUAGUCCAAAUACUGACUGCUCAGUCAGUCCCAAUAUUAGCGGGUCAAUUAGUCCAAAUACUGGAGGCUCAGUCAGUCCAAAUAUUAGCAGGUCAAUUAGUCCAAAUACUGGAGGCUCAGUCAGUCCCAAUAUUAGCAGGUCAAUUAGUCCAAAUACUGGAGGCUCAGUCAGUCCAAAUAUCGGAGGGUCAUUGCUUAGAAAAUCCCAACCAUAUUCUGGGCUUCAUGAGGAGCUCUACCCUGAGCUAGUACAUGUGGACAAACAGAGUCAGAGAUUGAAAAGAGACAAAUGCAAAUCUCAAAUUCAACCAGGACGUGUUUCACCUGUUUUAGCUCAGCUCAGCUUACCUGUGAGGUCUCAUUCACGCAAGGAACAAAGUUCAAAAAACAAUCGGCACAUGUCCUCCCCACUCCAACACCAGCAGGCGACACAGUCUGCUGGAGACCACACAUCUCCAUGCUUGGAUCACAUGAAACUAGAUGGCCCACACAGCCUUAAUAGCUCAGAACUCAUUAAAAGACCCGUCUCCUCCCAAACAUCUGAGGCUUCAGCUGUGAGCUGUACCUCUUCACACCAGGAACUGAGGAACACCGGUCCGAGCCAAGACAGGCUGAAAAGCUGUAAGCUUGACAAAUCCAGACGGUUUGAUUCUAGACCCAAAGAGUGUUCCAGAAAGCAUGAUGACAAGGCCGUACAGGAGCACAGCAAAUUGGUGGGGGGUCCGUCCAAGACAUGGCAAGAGGACGUUCAGGAUCACAGCAAGGUUGGUGGGCCCCCUUUGAGUUCCAGCACAGUUCCAGAUGUUUUGGAGACGGAAAAGUGUCAAAACCAGUGCAGCGAAGAUACGGCCGCAGGAAUUCAGUCCGACGGAAGUUCAGCCGUGAGUCCGUCUUCAAGAUCACAAAAAAUUGCCCAAGCGAAGUGGGAUUUCCUGUUUGGACAGCAGAACCUCGCAGAAGCUUGCAGCAAUAAAGGUGCUGCGUCGGCCACGCCCCCUCCUUGCCCGAGCCCUCCCCCCUCUGUCCAUCCCAAGCCAGCCGAUCACAGGAGGGGGAGGGCUGACCAGGCUCACAGGUCAUCGCACCAAAAGGUUCGGAAGAUUGAGGUGGAGCUGGUCUCCUCAGACCCCAGAGGCUCCUCCCCCAAGACAGGUGUCAUACGGCGAACCAUCAAAUACUCUGAGACAGAUCUAGACGCCGUUCCGCUGCGCUGUUACCGGGAAACUGACCUGGACGAGGUGAUGCGAGCGGAGGCGGAGGCCGCCGCUGAGGUGGAUUCAGCCUUUGGGAGUCGUCGCAGUGUCCAAGGAAACUCGAGCCUAAGUCUCGCCGAAGCUUCUCCAAAGGAGGAUGAGGAUGACGAAGUGGCGAGCUGGGCCAGUGUCCGCUUGCAGGGAGAACGCCAGAGACAGAGAUCAACCGAGGACGAGGCUUUUGGUCUCCUGCUGAAGGGGAACUCUGAGGUCAAGUCUCCGGUGGCUGUGGGCGUCCCCCGCCAGCACUCUGACAGCAACCUGGACUCUUUCAGUCGCCAUUUUGAAAGCAUCAUGGAGUCUCACCGGGCCAAAGGAACCUCAUACAGCAGUCUAGACAGCGUCGACCUCCUGACGACUGGAUCAACGUCUGUGUUCACCUUUGACCUGCCCACGCUCACGCCCGAGAUCCAGAGCCAGAUCUGCGAGAGUGCCAAGAAUAUCAUCCAGCUCAGUUUUGCUCCCUUGGCUCGUCCGGACCCGUCCGAGAUGUCUCGCUCCGAAAUCAGCCUCAACGCGGCGGGGGCCGAGAUGCGUGGCGGCACCAAAGACGACUACGCUCCUCCUGUCCGGACCGGGUCGGACCAAGAGCCGUGGCGGCGCUCUAUCCUCAAAGAUGGCUUCCACAAAGCCAGCUCGGUACCGUCGCUCCACUGCACUCCAAGAGAACGUGCGGUCAACCGCCCCCCCGAGCUGCUCUACCCGCAGGCCGACGUGGCCGAGCGACUGGCGCACGGUGGCGGCGACGACGUGCUGGCAAACGGCGCCAAGGCUGACCUGCAGGCCGCCAAACGCCUCGCCAAGCACCUGUACCACCUGGACGGCUUCAGAAAGUCUGACGUGGCUCGACAUCUCAGCAAGAAUAAUGAGUUCAGUCGUAUGGUGGCUGAAGAAUAUCUCAGCAACUUUGACUUCCACAGACUGACUAUGGACCAGGCCCUCAGAAUCUUCCUGGCCAAGUUCCCCCUGAUGGGAGAAACUCAGGAGCGCGAGCGAGUGCUGGCUCACUUCUCCAGACGCUACGUGCGCUGCAACCCAGACGGCAACACCACGGAAGACAGCGUCCACACUCUCACAUGUGCAGUGAUGCUGCUCAACACUGAUCUCCAUGGCAACAACGUCGGCAAGAGGAUGUCCUGCAGUCAGUUUGUGUCCAACCUGGAAGGCCUCAAUGAGGGAAAAGAUUUCUCCAAAGACCUGCUGAAGACGUUGUACGCGUCCAUCAAGAACGACAAGCUACAGUGGACCAUCGAUGAGGAGGAGUUGAGGAAGUCCAUGUCCGAGUUGGCCGACGGUCGAACAGACUCCGCCUCCCACACCAUGAAGCGAAUCGGACGUGGCGGCAACCACCUGGUGGGUGUGGCCCAGAAGGCGGACGGCGAGCUCUACAAGAGCGGCUUCCUGGUCCGCAAAGUCCACGCCGACCCGGACGGAAAGAGAACGCCACGUGGGAAGCGGGGGUGGAAGUCUUUCUACGCCACCUUGAAGGGUCGAGUGCUCUACCUGCAGAAGGACGAGUACCGUGGCGAGCGGCAGCUGACGGAGGAGGAGGUGAAGAACGCUGUGUCCGUGCACCACUCCCUCGCCAUGAGAGCCGCCGACUACCGCAAACGCCCCAACGUCUUCUACCUGCGCACGGCCGACUGGCGGGUGUUUUUGCUGCAGGCGCCGGACGCCGAGCACAUGCAGUCGUGGAUCACGCGCAUCAACGCCGUGGCGGCCAUGUUCUCUGCACCCCCGUUCCCGGCGGCCAUCGGCUCUCGAAAGAGAUUCAGCCGUCCGCUGCUCCCGGGGUCCGACUCCAAGCUGUCGCAGGAAGAGCAGGUGAAAUCCCACGAGGGUCGCUUCAGGGCCGCGUCCGCCGAGCUGGAUGACCUCUUGACCUCCAUGGCCGAGCACAAGGUGAAAGGUCGCGAGCUGGACGAGCAGAAGCUGCGGCGGGAGUACUUGGAGUUUGAGAAAACCCGUUACGGUACGUACGCCAUGCUGCUGAGGGCCAAGAUGUCCGCCGGCGCCGACGGCGACCUGUCGGCUUUCGAGGCGCGGCUCCUGGAGGACGGCCGCAACAGCCUGCAGAGGGCGCGCUCCAGCCCCACGCUGCCGCAGGAAGCGGGCGACCACAGCGCCGCGCCACACUCGCCGAGCAGAGACAAAGAAGGAAGCGCGAAGGCGAAGGCGUAAGCCCGUGCAGGGAAGCGUCGCUCGGACCUUCACAAUAAAAGUCCCAUCUCUUUCUAGCCAUUUGUGACAGGAAGCCGCUCUGCUUCUCCUAGCGACACUCGGCGAGCAGGUCGCCAUGACAACCGCUUAAGAUGGCCGGCGCCGCGUGGGGACUGUUGUCAUGGCGACGCCGGGAGGUUGUCGCGACCGGGCAAAAUAAACAAUGCGACCGCCGCACCGCUUCGCCGUCAUCCUGAGGUGCGUUCAUUGGUCACGUGACACGCACACACUGCCCCUCCCGUCCCCUGCAGGACAGGAAGUGAACUGCACCUUAGCACAUUUUAUUCAGGACAACAAGAAUGUCACUUUAACGGAAAAAGAAAGCCCAAACAAAUGUUGAGUUCAACAAGACAAAUAUAAUAAUAUUAAUAAAAUAGGAGCAUUUUCAUAAUUUCUCUUCAUGUCGUG